AUGCUCCUGGCGGGCUUGUCUGCUUACCUGGCAUUUUUACCCGAUGUCAUUCCCGCCAAUACCAAUGCGACGAUGUACCAAACCGAUCCGAUACACGCUGACAGAGUGAUCCUUCAAACUGUGGCCGCUUACGCCGUGAUCUUUGGAGCUGUUCGCUGCCACCGACUCGGGAUUGCUUGGAGGGCCCCAUCCCUCGAUCAAUCUUACUAUGAGAAUGUGUUCACGAUGGCGGGUCUCGUAGACCCAGCGAGUGGUAUCCCCGAUCCGGUUCGAGUUUCUUGCUUCCGUCGAUUUGGAAAUCUCAAUGCUGAGCAUGGGAUGGCCCUCAGUGUUUUCACGGCCUUGGUGACGGCGUCUUCUCUCACAGACCCUGUGUCUGGUCUGAUAGCUGCCGUAGCUGCAGCCCACGGACCCUUGCAUUUCGGCGCCACUGAAUCUGCUCAGCGAACCCUGCGCGCCAUUGGCGAUGCAACGAAUGUUCCAGCCUUUAUGGAAAAGGUGAGAGCAGGAAAUGAGAAGUUAUUUGGCUACGGCCAUCGCACUUACAAGGGAAUGGAUCCGCGGGUGAAUCCCAUCCGAAGUAUCUUGAGUGACCUGCGAGACGUAAACCAGCCACUCUUGCAGAUUGCCGAAGCAAUCGAGACUGCCGCAGAGAAGGAUGAAUAUUUCCACAAGCGGGGAUUGUAUCCCAAUGCUGACUUCUAUGGCAAUUUCGUGUUCACUGGCAUUGGAUUCGAGCCGGACAUUAUUCCAGGUGCUAUGCUUGUCCAUCGCAUUAUCGGGACCAUGGCGCAUUGGAGAGAAUACACUGGUAUGAAACAGAUCACUUCCCGUGCAUUUAAGGUCGGUGCCCUUGCAGCUUACAAGAUGCAGUCAAUCGAGGCAAACUAUUCAGGCCCACCCAUCUCUAUACAGGAUAUCGCAUUUAGUAUGUCCUCGCAAGAGUCUCAGUCAACGCUGCCCCAAGACAGUACGGUCGAUGAGUCGACGCCCUUGCUGGCUGAUUCCACCCCUAACCAGCCCUACUCCGUUUUCACGCCUUCGCAGAAACGGCUCAUUAUCUUAACUGCAGCCCUGGCCUCCAGCUUCUCGCCUCUAUCAGCGAACAUCUACUACCCUGCCCUAAACUCGAUCGCCGCCGAUUUACACGUCAGUACCUCCAAAAUCAAUCUCACAAUUACGACCUAUAUGAUAUGUCAAGGUCUCGCCCCGAUGCUGACAGGCUCGUUUGCAGAUCGAGCAGGUCGGCGACCGGCAUACAUCGUUUGCUUUGCAAUAUACAUACUCGGCAACGUUGCACUCGGGAUACAACAUAGCUUCCCGGCACUUCUCAUCUUGCGCGCCGUUCAAAGCUGUGGCAGUAGUGGCACUGUGGCCCUUGCAUCUGCGGUUGCCGCCGAUGUUGUCACCUCUGUCGAAAGAGGUUUGUAUAUGGGGUUUUCGUCAUUGGGAAACAUACUCGCCCCAUCUCUAGGUCCAGUCCUUGGAGGCAUUCUGAGCAAAUAUUUUGGAUGGCAUGCGAUCUUCUGGUUUCUCGCAAUUGCAGCUGGGACAUUCUUUGUGCCCUUGCUGUGUUUCUUUCCUGAAACCUGUCGUGGCGUUGUGGGCAAUGGCUCAGUCUCUCCAGUCGGAUGGAAUCGUUCGCUCCGAAAUUACUUGCAGGAAUCGGCGCCAUGUUCCCCGCCGUCCAAUAUGAGGCGCGUGCAAAUCCCCAAUCCAUGCGCAACUUUGCGUUUGCUUUCCCACCGACCGGUGGGACUGGUACUUUUGGCCAACGGCGUUUUGUUCAGCAGCUACUAUGCAGUGACAACUGCAAUACCCCCACUAUUCAAGCAUACCUACGGUUUGGACGACAUGGAGAUUGGUCUUUGCUUUCUUCCUGCAGGCUUGGGCUCACUUGUCAGUGCGACUAUUAACGGAGUAUUAGUUGACUGGAACUAUCGGCGGGUUUGGCGCACCACUGGUCAAACGAUACACAAGAACCAGAAACUGGACAUCGUUGGAAUUCCCAUCGAGCAAGCAAGGUUGCAGAUUGGGUUGCCAAUGGCUAUACUUGCCUCGGUGUCAAUCUGCAUCUACGGGGUACUGAUACCCAAGCACCCACCUCUUCCUCUGGCAUUGUUCAUGGUGUUCAUCAUCUGCUUUUGUAUAACAGCGGCUUACAAUGUGAUGAACAUCCUCGUGGUUGAUCUUUACUACAAUACGCCAGCCACUGCAAUGGCGGCGAACAACUUGGUCCGAUGCUUCUUGGGUGCUGGUUCCGCAGCUGCAGUGGGCCCUUUAAUCAAGAGAGCCGGUAUAAAGUGGGCAUACAUCCUGGUGGCUGGUGAAUUGGCUGUCGUAGGUCCACUUUUGGUUAUCGUUUACUCCAAGGGGUGGGAAUGGCGCAAAGCGCAAGACAACCCUGAGACGGGACAUCAGCCACAUGAGCCGUGA